UUCAUAUGCUGUGGUUUCAGAUUGGCAGGACAUAAGCAUGGCUCGCUAACCUAAAAGAAUUAUCGCAUUGAGCCGCGAUGGAGCCGUCAAUUGUAUCUUGAUCGCAUCGAAACUGACAGACACCCGACUGAAAAUUCCCGUUGAAUCGGCCCACGAUACUCGGACUUUUAUCUCUGAUUUUACAAUCAGGGUUUUAACACUUGAGCUGCACGUAAAAAUGGUUCAAGCGAGUGAAAGCGACAUCUUAGCUAUAGGCGGAGUCCUGGGCGACUCCGCCAGGCCUCUCAAGGAGAGAUUCCGCGCUCUGUUCACCCUGAAGAACAUCGGCGGCGCGACGGCGAUAGGCCAGAUCCACGCGUGCUUUAAGGAUCCGUCGGCGUUGCUGAAGCACGAGCUCGCGUACUGCCUGGGCCAGAUGCGGGAUCCCGCUGCCAUUGGUAUCUUAACGAGCGUCCUGGAGGAUCUGUCGCAGGAGCCGAUGGUACGUCAUGAAGCUGGUGAGGCCUUGGGUGCUAUCGGCGAGCCGAGUGUAAUCCCGUUGUUGGAAAAGUACAGCGAGGACCCUGUGCCCGAGGUAGCGGAGACAUGCGAGCUGGCCCUGAACCGCUUGAGGUGGCUGGAGUCCAACAGUGAUGCGAAGGGCUUGCAAACGAAUCCAUACUCGACCGUCGAUCCCGCGCCACUGGCGGAAGUAACAGACGCGAGUGUCCUAAGAGACAUUUUGCUGGACGAGAGCAAGUCGCUGUUCGACAGGUACAGAGCGAUGUUCUCGCUGAGGAACUUGGGCACCACAGAGAGCGUCCUCGCCCUCGUCGAGGGUUUGAAGGCCGGUAGCGCUCUGUUCAAGCACGAGGUGGCGUUUGUGCUGGGACAGCUUCAGGACGAGGCGUCCGUGCCGGGAUUGCGAGCGUCGUUGGAAGACACGGGCGAGAACGAGAUGGUCAGGCACGAGUGCGCGGAAGCCCUGGGCUCCAUCGCCACUGCCGAGUGCUACGAGAUAUUGAACAGAUACCUCGGCGACAGCAAGAGAGUCGUCCGCGAGAGCUGCGUCAUCGCUUUGGACAUGUGCGACUACGAGAACAGCAAGGAGUUCCAAUACGCAGACACGCUGACCAAGCUUCCCACCGCGUGAAGAAAUCCGCCUUCUUGAAAUGCUCCUUUCUGCUGUAUAUUGUGCACCGUACAUUUUUCCUCGCUGCGAACGAAAGAAAAGAAAUGCGUGUAAUUAUUGCCGUUAUCGCAAGCUUGUAUUUACAUUUUCACGCGAUGCCCUGAUGGAAAGCUGAGUAAAGAAUUGUUACAUUCCUUA